CCGUGGUUUUGCGUCAUGCCCCAAUCAACUCGCGGCCGAAUCGGCGAAGAACGAGACGUAAUGUUGCCGGACCACUAAAAUUACGUUCAAUUAUCUCAACUAGGAACAAACUCGACACGAUGCAGUAGUGGGAUCCGAUGAAAGGGCAAGAUCCGUGCUUCAUCAGAGAAAAAGAGGAGCUCCUACUAUGCUGUGAAUGCCGGGAACAUGAGGCUCCCAAAACGCUGGGUCGCACAUAGAUGUGCGAUUCUAUUUGGAGGUGUUUUCUGUGUGCUAUGUCUGGUGAUAGUUUCUGGAAUUGGGAAAGAACCACUUAAGCCUCUGGAUUGGCAUGUCAACCCUGAGUAUAAAAAGCAAGUGCACCAACAUGUUCACAAAACACUGACAGGUGAAUGUGUGCGUGGAAGCACCAGGCAGGGUCUUCUGGCUCGAUUCCCCGCCUCCAGUCACCUUACCCAGCCCUUUCUGUGGAAGAAUACACCACUUAUAGGCAGCCUCUUUGAGUAUCCACCCCCUUUUGGGUUCAGAGGUCUCAAGGGAAGAGUACCGGAUCUGCUUGAACAGCUACCAGAGGCCAAUGAAGAAACCCCGUUUAAAAAGGCUCCUAACACAUGUCACCGCUGUGUGGUCAUUGGAAAUGGGGGAAUUUUGAAAGGCCUGGAGCUGGGUCAUUUAAUUGAUCGUUUUGACACCAUUAUAAGGUUAAACAGGGGGCCCCUGGGAGAGUUCAGUGUUGACGUUGGGACUCGAACCAGCAUCAGGAUGAGUUAUCCAGAGGGUACACCCUCUCCAUGGCUUGACACAGACCCAGAAACUAUGUUUGUAGCUGUGGUCUAUAAAGGCGUAGAUGUGAGCUGGAUCUCUGCAAUGAUAAACAAGAUCGCUGUACCUCUGUGGGACUGGCUAUUCUUCUGGCAGGAUGUUCCAGAGGAAAUCCCUCUUGAACGCAACAGGCUCCAGGUCUUAAAUCCACUUGUCAUCAGGGAGACUGCAUUGGAUUUACUCAAGUUCCCUCCACCUACAACACGGCUGUGGGGAUGGGAUCAGAACGUCCCCACGCUGGGUGUCUCUGCACUGGAUUUAGCUAGUUUGCUGUGCGAUGAGGUGAGCCUCGCAGGCUUUGGCUACAAUUUGUCCCAGGAAAGGAGUCCGUUGCAUUACUAUGAUGAGCUCUCUAUGAGUGCCAUGCUUUGGCAAAAGAUGCACAAUGUGAAUGAGGAGACCCAAGUGCUUAAAAGUCUCAUCAUAGAGGGAACCAUCACUGACCUGACAGGGGGCAUUCACUGCUCCUUUUGCCUCUGAUUGCCUCCAAUUAGAUACAGCACUGCCAAAAGAUAAUAUUCCAAAACAAAAAACACUAAAAUGUGGUAUGUUGAAAAACAUGAAAUGUUUCAACAGAGCAUGUGAGAAUGUUUUUAGUGAAUCAAUGUUUUUCCCAAAGUGGUUUUCAAAAUGAAGACAAGUGCUCCUCUUUGCCAUUUCUGUUAGUUUACAGCAAAUGUUAACCAUUUGACCAAUUUUGAUGCAACCAACAUGUUUUUCUUGAUCUAAAAUAUUUUAUUCCAUUUAUGUGCUGUAGGCUAUACAUGAACACAUUCCUUUUACCAGAUCUCCUUGUAGCUGUCUAUAUUUCAUCAGUGCAGUUGUCAUUAGACAUGUUAUUCUACUUCAUUUUAAAUUGUAUUGCAGUAUUUGUCUUUGUAGACUGGUAUUUAAUUUUAAGAAAUAUAUUUGAAUAGUAGCUGUUAAUGACCAAACCAAACAUUACUCUGCACAUUUUUGUAGAAAAAUGCUUUGACAAAGUGUUAUUGGAAAUGGAUAGAGCUUCAACACAUAUGUUGAUGUAUAGCUACUGAAAAAUGGAAUUUCCCUUUGCCCAAGAGUCCAUUUUUGAUAACUGGGAACCUGAAAUUUGAAAAAAUUCUUUCGGCUGCAUGUACAGUAUAUUUUUAGACAGAACUAGGACAUCACUACAACUUGUGCGUCACUUGUUUAAUAUUAUUUGUUCGUGUCUUUUUCUGGUCCGUCAGUCAACACAUUUACUGUACCUUCCAAAAAGCUUUCAGAAUAUUGUAGAUUGUGUGAGAAAGCUAAUUAAGCAAUGGAAGAAUAUUAAUUCCUGAAUGUCCUCUGUCUUUAAUUUUGUUUUUAGGGUACUUUGCUCCAUGACUAUUUAUAAUCUUCAGGGAAAUGGUUGCUGUUUGUGCUUAUGAAAUCAAAGCUACAGUAAUGGUAGUCUUGUUCUGUUUACAUAUGAAAAUGUCCUUGUUCUCAUAAGUAGAAAUGAAUAGUAUCGAUGAAUCUACUUCUAUGCACUGAGUUACAAUGUGUUGAAGAUGCGUCUGAGUAUGAACUUUUACCUAAAUAAAGUUUUCUUAAGAUUGGAAUGAAUGUCA